ACCCACCCCAAGUCUACGUUCCUCCUAUUCCCCACGGUGAUCACGCAUGUACUUCUCCAAGUUUCAGUCCAUGAUUGGCCUAUUACAUGAUAGAUCGCUAUCCUCCCAUGUCUGGUUGAAUCUCAGCAUCUUUCCGCAUCAAAAUAUCAGCAGAGUUAUCUGAAAUCAUUGAAGCUAGACUCACUGUUACCCAUUUUAAAGCCAAACAAAAGGCAAAGCUCUCAGCUCUAUUCCAUUAUUGUAUAAAGAGAGGAGAAGCAGAAACAGAGUAAGCAGCAAGAGAUGAGGAUAUUGAAUCAUACCCUUUUCUUCUUAUCAUUUAUUUUUCUCAUCUCAUUGCUCAGACCCACUUUUGCUUCCAAAAAGUCAUAUGUUGUCUACUUGGGAGCACAUUCACAUGCCCAUGAUUUCACUUCUGUUGAUCAAAGUCUUGUGACAGAUUCUCAUUAUGAUCUUCUUGGAUCAUUCUUAGGAAGUCGAGAGUUAGCUCAAGAUGCAAUAUUUUAUUCAUACACAAGACACAUCAAUGGCUUUGCUGCAACUAUAGAAGAUGAAGUUGCUGCAGAACUAGCCAAACAUCCAAAAGUAGUUUCGGUCUUCUUGAACACAGGAAAAAAGCUGCAUACAACUCAUUCAUGGAGCUUCCUCGGACUCGAACAAAACGGCAUAGUUCCAUCAAACUCAAUCUGGAAGAAAGCAAGAUUCGGCGAAGAUAUAAUUAUUGGAAACCUUGACACUGGAGUGUGGCCUGAAUCAAAAAGCUUUAGAGAUGAAGUAUUGGGACCAAUUCCAUCAAAGUGGAAAGGAAUAUGUGAAAGUGGGUCAGAUCCUGGUUUCCACUGCAAUAGGAAGCUUAUUGGGGCAAGAUACUUCAACAAGGGCUAUGCCUCAGUAGCUGGUCCACUGAAUUCCACCUUCAAUACACCUCGUGACAAAGAGGGCCAUGGAACUCACACCCUCUCAACAGCCGGUGGAAAUUUUGUAGCAGGAGCCAGUGUCUUUGGUUUAGGCAAUGGAACAGCCAAAGGUGGCUCGCCAAAAUCUCGAGUUGCAGCUUACAAGGUCUGCUAUCCUCCAGUUGGUGGAAACGAGUGCUUUGAUGCUGAUAUUUUAGCAGCAUUUGACGCUGCAAUAAAUGAUGGAGUUGAUGUCUUGUCUUUGUCACUUGGAGGGGAUCCUACACCUUUUUUUAAUGAUAGUGUUGCAAUUGGCUCUUUUCAUGCUGUAAAGAAAGGGAUUGUCGUCGUUUGUUCUGCUGGUAAUUCUGGUCCUGCUGAUGCUACUGUCUCCAAUCUUGCGCCGUGGCAGAUCACUGUCGGAGCCAGCACCAUGGACAGGGAGUUUCCGAGUUAUGUGACUCUUGGCAAUGACAUGACCUUAAAGGGAGAAAGUUUAUCAAGAAAGGCCUUGCCAAAGGACAAGUACUUCCCAAUUAUAAGUGCUGCAGAUGCUAGAGAAGCAAAUGCAUCUGCGGAAGACGCGCUGCUGUGCAAAGCUGGAACACUUGAUCCGAACAAGGCGAAGGGGAAGAUCUUGGUCUGUCUCCGAGGGGUGAAUGCAAGAGUUGAGAAGGGUGAGCAAGCUGCUCUGGCCGGUGCUGUUGGGAUGGUUCUUGCCAAUGAUAGGGAUUCCGGCAAUGAAAUUCUUGCUGAUCCUCAUGUUCUUCCUGUUUCUCAUGUCAAUUACGCCAAUGGUGUUGCUAUCUUGGCUUACAUUAACUCCACCAAGUCUCCUAUUGCUCAUAUUACACCUCCAAUAUCACAAAUUGGCACCAAACCAGCUCCCUUCAUGGCAGCAUUUUCAUCUAAGGGUCCCAACAGAAUUGCUCCUGAGAUCCUCAAGCCUGAUAUUACUGCACCAGGAGUGAGUAUCAUAGCAGCCUACACAGAAGCAGAAGGACCUACAAAUGAAGAUUUCGACACACGACGAAUUCAAUUCAACUCAAUAUCAGGCACUUCAAUGUCAUGCCCUCAUGUUUCAGGCAUAGCUGGCCUUCUCAAAACUCUGCAUCCAACCUGGAGUCCAGCAGCAAUUAAAUCAGCAAUCAUGACUAGCUCCAUGACUCGAGAUAAUAACAGGGAGCCAAUUCUGAAUGCAACCCACUCGAAGGCAACUCCAUUAAACUAUGGAUCAGGACAUGUCAGACCAAACCGAGCUAUGGAUCCAGGGCUGGUUUAUGACUUGUCAGUUAACGAUCACCUGAACUUUCUAUGUGCCAUGGGAUACAAUGCAACCCAGAUAUUAUCAUUCUCAGAGACUCCCUACAGCUGCCCUUCAAAGCCUAUUAAUCUUGUCAACUUCAAUUACCCUUCAAUCGCCAUCCCUGAUUUCAAUGGUUCGGUCACAGUCACUCGAAGAGUUAAAAACGUUGGCAGUGGUCCGAGUAGUUAUACAGCUCGUGUCAGAAAACCAAGUGGGUUUGCGAUUUCUGUUGAGCCAAAGGUCUUGAAGUUCGACAAGGUUGGGGAAGAGAAGAGCUUUAGUGUUACCUUCAAAAGCAAGAAAUCGUCUGCAAGAAAGGAUUUUGUAUUUGGAGAGUUGAUUUGGUCGGAUAAUAAGCACUAUGUGAGAAGUCCUAUUGUGGUGAAGUGGUGAAAAGCAAGUAGUGAUUCGUGAAAAUGGCUGAUUAAAUUAAUUAGCUAUUUGUUACCAUUCAAUCUUUGCUUAGAGGCUAUGAUUAUUCUCAGGAAUUGCUGGCAUUCCUUUAAUUUGAUAAGAAUAAUGAAUGAAAGAAGCAAAAUAAAAAAUUUAUCA